AUGUUCUCCCACGUGCAGACUUCUGAUGGCUCAGGCCACCAAAAAGCCAAGAGUUGUGGCCUUGGCCACCUUUUGAGAUGUUGGGUGUGGCCAUUUAUUCAACACCUCUGGCCAUUUUCCCUCAUGGAAGCCAAGAAUCAAAAAAAGCUGGAUAAACCCCUCACGUUCAAUACCAACAGCCCAGACUACCUGGGAAGAUUCAUUAGCUGUUUACCAAGAGCCUUCAAGCAACAGGACACGGCGUGCAUAUAUAUAUUUUUGGCCAUCUACCAAAAAUUUUCUACCACCUGGGAGGUGCUGGACCUAAUAAUUAAAAUGUAUGGAUCUUUCCGUCCUGACUGUGUGGAGGAUCAGGAAAAAAAGACUGCUAUAUUGUGGUUUCUGUCCUUGUGGCUCAGAAAACACCCCCAGGACUUCUGUGACUAUCCGGACAUGGCCACCGUGAAGAGGCUGGUGGACUACAUAAGGUUAAACGCGCCGUCCACAGAGGUUGCUAUGCAAACGGAGGAGCUCCUAUCAAUGCUGCGGGAGCAGGAGUCCAAAACGGAUUGCGGCAUCAUCCGGGCAACAACACCAGAAGCCACAGUGCUGGAUGCCUCAGGGGUGCCAAAGACGCUGCCUCUGAGAACAGCUUCUGUGGGAGGGCCACAGGGAGAUCUGAAACCCCUAGAGAAUCCUGCAGUUUGGGGACCAAUUGUGCCAGAAGCUGGACCCGUACAGCUUCUGAAUUUAGAUCAGCCUCUGCCCGCAUCAUCCAAUACACUAGAUGUGGCUGCAGAUGCCCCCGGCGCCAGACACUCAUUUCCAGCUGCUGCAGUACAAUUAGGUGACCCAGAGCCUGUUUCCCCUCUUCCUGAUGUUGACAUUUAGUUAGGUGUUUGUCAUUUUCAGUGCUUGGGCAAGAAGUCUAGCCACCCCAAGCGCUGACAUUUUCGGUUUCCAUGGCCUCACAUGUGCCAUCAAGCGAUCAGGCAACUUACAUA